UGCUAGACUCCGGAAGAAGAUGGCUUGGAUCUUGCUCCUUUGCCUGCAAACUUGUCUGGCAGCAGCUGAAAGCAACACAGACGUCACCAUGGUGAAUGGGAUUCUGGGGGAGCCAGUUACUUUCCCCUUAAAUAUCCAAGGAUCUCAGGAAAUUGACAACAUUGCUUGGAUGAGUUCCAAAACAACUUUUGCUCUUGUACAACCAGGAGACGCAGGAAGAGCACCCCACGUUAUUUUGACCCACGAAAAUUAUAAUGGGCGAAUAAAUGUCUCACAUCAGAACUACAACCUGGAAAUCAGCAAUCUGAGGAUGGAAGAUGAGGGGAUCUACAAAGCCAACAUAAAUACAAAAGUCUCUGGGAAGGUACUCACCACCACCAGGAGCUACAACCUUCAAGUCUACUGUAGACUUGGAAAGCCGAAAAUUACUCAGAGUUUCAUGACAUCUGUGAAUAGUACCUGUAAUGUCACACUGACAUGCUCUGUGGAAAAAGAAGAAAAGAAUGUAAUAUACAGUUGGAGUCCUCUGAGAGAAGAAGGUAGUGUCCUUCAGAUCUUCCAGACUCCUGACAACCAAGAGCUGACUUACACAUGUACAGCCUGGAACCCUGUCAGCAACAAUUCUGACUCCAUCUCUGCCCAGCAGCUCUGUGCAGAUAUUGCAAUGGGCCUCCAAACUCAUCACGCUGGGUUACUGAGUGGCCUAGCUGUGGUCUCUCUGUUUACAAUCAUUCUGCCUUCAGUGCUUUUGUUUCUUUUGUGCAAGAGAGAACAAGAUGCUACCUCAAAGAAAACAAUAUACACAUAUGCAAUGGCUUCAAGAGACAUCCAGCCAGAAGAGUCCCGAAUCUAUGAUGAAAUCUCCCCAUUCAAGGUGCACCCCAUGAAGGAGAAGCCAGUAAACACGAUUUAUUCCAUAGUGCAGUACUCUGAUAAGAUAGAAAAAACCAGCACUCGGGACAGCAAACCUCCUGGGACUUCAAGCUAUGAAUUUGUGAUCUAGGCUGCCAGACGACAGCAUUCUCUCCAUGGAAACUGGAGUACAACCACAGUUAAUGGCAGAUGCCCCAGACCCAGAUUUUCUUUGUCCAGAUCUCACCUGAAGAAUGCAAAUCACCACAUCCCAACAUGUAAGCAAAGCAGGAAACCCUCUGCUGCUGGGCAUAGCUUGUGACUGUUUAGACAGAUGGACACGUACCCUUUCUGAAAUGACUGCCUUCUGGACGAAUGAUAAAGCAGGUCUUCCAACACAGUGUUUUCCAAUCUUCUUUACAUCACAGCACAUGUAGAAAAUAUUUUCAUGGCACAAUGGGGUAAAUAAUCAAGAUUGCUCAUGUCCAGAGGCUGCAUGUGGCUGGAGGCUUCUCAUGACUGCAGGUGAUGACCCUUCUCAGCAAUUCCAUACAUAAGAGAGGAUCAGUAUUUUGCACACCUAUAAUAUGCCAUGGCACAUCAUCUAGAAUGCUCUUCUCACAUUCAAUAUAUGUAAGUAGACCUGGUUUUUUGGCUUUCACCAGUCCAUACGGCACCUUGGACAAAUUAAGUAAAGGCACCCUUUUCCUGAGGCAGAUGUAGCCCCUCACCCAAGGGCAUGGUUUGGCGAGUAGAGUGUGGGCUGCAUUUCAGUCUCCACUUGCCCCUUUGCCCAGAAAUCUUCAUUCAGGGUACAACUGGCUGGACUAAUGCCUAUGUGUGGCAUAGCACCUCAGCAAGAAUAUGUGCUCCUACUCUCCCCUAUCCAUUUGCACAUUCUUCAAUGCCCAGCUCAAAUAUUACCUCCUUUAUGAGGCUUUUCCUGGUCUCAUCAGUCAAAUUAAUUCUGGCUCUUUUUUCCACUUCUUUUUUCUCUUGUUGGUCCUUCAAUCACUAUAAUUCAUUUCAUUCUGCCUUAUAGUAUAGACAAUUAUUUGUUUCCCUCUACAUUGUACAUUACUAAAGGGCAAGAUCCAUGACUUUAUGAUUGUGAAGAGGUGAUCAUAAGAGGUAAUAGCUCUAUUCACCUCUUCCUCCACCAGCAGCCAAUAUAGUGCCUUGUACCUAAUUGUGAGCAAUAAAUGCUCACAAGAGAAUUGGAAGUGACAAGCCAACUCAUAUAGAAGGUACAUAUCAGAAAUAUCAAUAGAUAAAAGCCAGUAAAUACAAUGGAAUAAAAUUAUGGCAAAUAUUAAAUAUCAGGAUGCCAACAGCAGAGGCUACUCCCAGUAUAAGGACAUUCUGGAGAGAGAAGAAUUUCAGAGUUAAACCAACUAAGAAAUCAACUGAAGCAAAGAACCAGGUGUGAGAAGAUGAAAGGCAGCCACCCUAGGGAGGCAUGCAAAGGAAAAAAUAAAGAGACUUGGUGAUAAAGGAUAGAGAAAUUCCAAGAUGACACUGAACAAGCAAGCUGAGUUUCUCCUAAAAUAAAAACCCUUAGGUGAAUUGAGGGAUUGAACAUCCUCCUUCUCUAAACUGUCCCUGUCUUCUCCUGGUGUGUUCACUCAAAUUCCUAGUCUCCUAAUGCCCCAGUGAAAAAUGUGUGUGUUGAGGGGAAAGAAAGAAAGAAAGAGGAGAGAAGAAACAGAAGCAAGUGUUUUAGGUCUUCCAGGAAAACAAACCUGGGAUGGAAUUAGCACACAGGAAUUCUUAAAGUUGCCUUCAGGACUCAAGACUGCCAUGUUGUUAUUAUUAUUUUUGUUACAUUCUUGUCUCUUACUCUCUUUAUAAAAUCUUUUGAUUUAUGAAGAUGUAAGCUACUCACCCCAUUCCCCAGGGCUCAGAUUCUCCUUCUGUAAAAUGAGUGAGAUCUUAUUUUCCCCUUCACAACUUUCCAGAUGAACUAGAUUGUGACCAACAGAUCUAUAAAAUCAAAAUAUUCUUUCAAUGGAACAAGAUCUUCAAUCAGACCAAAGAUGUGUCAGUUUUGUCUAAAUGCGCUUGAAGCUGAAAUUUCCGGAGCAGGGCCCUCUAGUGGAAAGUGAUGGUAAGCCAGGACAGUCCCUCUGCAAGUCAGCGUGGGCUUAACAGGUAACUGAGAAAAUUGAAAUGUUGCAGCUCAUGCUUCUAGAAAAAGAAGUCAAGCUGAUUUUUAAAAAAUCUACAGAACACUCUAAACUACUUGGCUGGGUCACCUCUGGAAACUGGGCAUGGGAAAGAAGGAGCCUGGCUGGUAUAGGCUGUGUUAACACAGAACAGUUCUUAGGUUCUGCCAGGAGAAAAGAAAUGGCUGGGCUAUAUUUUC